CUCGCCUCCUCCGCCCCGCGCCCUGCGGUGCUGCAGCUGCGGGAGGCUCCAGCUGCCCCCAGAUGUGGGCUGGGCGGCGCGCGGGGAACUUUCGCGCCGGCUGCGAGUGCGGGGCCCCGGCUGCAGUCCGGCUGCCAUGGAUCCGCCGGCUGGCGCCGAUCGCCGCCUGCUCUGCCCCGCGCUGCUGCUGCUGCUGCUGCCGCCGCUCCUGCUGCUGCCGUCGCCCGCGGACGCCCGGCUCGCCGCCGCCCCCCCAGGCGAGCCCUUGGGGCAUGGAGCGGAGCGCAUCCUGGCGGUGCCGGUGCGCACUGACGCCCAGGGACGCUUGGUGUCCCACGUGGUGUCGGCGGCUACAGCCCAGAAGGGGGUUCGGGUCCGCAGGGCCGCCCCAGUCCAGUUCCCAGGCUUCCCUGGGGACAGCGAGGAGGACCCUGGCGGCAGCCUUUUCUACAAUGUCACGAUCUUCGGCCGAGACUUGCACCUGCGGCUGCGGCCCAACGCCCGCCUAGUGGCGCCAGGGGCCACGGUAGAGUGGCAGGGCGAGUCCGGCGCCACCCGCGUGGAGCCCUUACUUGGGACCUGCCUCUACGUCGGAGACGUGGCAGGCCUGACUGAAGCCUCCUCCGUGGCGCUAAGCAACUGCGACGGGCUGGCUGGACUGAUCCGAAUGCAGGACGAGGAGUUCUUCAUCGAGCCUCUGCAAAAGGGGCUGGCAGCAAGGGAGGCUGAACAGGGCCGUGUGCAUGUGCUGUAUCGCCGGCCGCCCACCCCCAGGGUCCCUCCUCUGGGGGGACCGCAGGCCCUGGACACAGGGGCCUCCCUGGGCAGUCUGGACAGCCUCAGCCGCAGCCUGGGCAUCCUGGAGGAACGUGUCAACAGCUCAAGGCCCAGGGCACGCAGGCAUGCGGCCGACGACGACGACUACAACAUCGAAGUCCUGCUGGGUGUGGACGACUCUGUGGUCCAGUUCCAUGGCAAGGAACACGUGCAGAAGUACCUGCUCACGCUCAUGAACAUUGUCAACGAAAUCUAUCAUGACGAGUCCUUGGGAGCCCACAUUAACGUGGUCCUGGUGCGGAUAAUUCUGCUGAGCUACGGCAAGUCCAUGAGCCUUAUCGAGAUUGGGAACCCCUCUCAGAGCCUGGAGAACGUCUGCCGCUGGGCCUACCUCCAGCAGAAGCCAGACACAAGCCAUGAUGAAUACCACGAUCAUGCCAUCUUCCUCACACGGCAGGACUUUGGGCCCUCGGGCAUGCAAGGCUAUGCUCCUGUCACCGGGAUGUGCCACCCUGUCCGCAGUUGCACCCUGAACCACGAGGACGGCUUCUCCUCAGCAUUUGUGGUGGCCCACGAGACCGGCCACGUGCUGGGCAUGGAGCACGACGGGCAGGGCAACCGCUGCGGCGACGAAGUGAGGUUGGGCAGCAUCAUGGCGCCCCUGGUGCAGGCAGCCUUCCACCGCUUCCACUGGUCCCGCUGCAGCCAGCAGGAGCUGAACCGCUACCUGCACUCCUAUGACUGCCUGCGGGAUGACCCCUUUGCCCACGACUGGCCGGCGCUGCCCCAGCUGCCCGGACUGCACUACUCCAUGAACGAGCAGUGCCGCUUUGACUUCGGCCUGGGCUACAUGAUGUGCACUGCGUUCCGAACCUUCGACCCCUGCAAGCAGCUGUGGUGCAGCCAUCCUGACAACCCCUACUUUUGCAAGACCAAGAAGGGCCCCCCCUUGGACGGGACCAUGUGUGCACCUGGCAAGCACUGCUUUAAAGGACAUUGCAUCUGGCUGACGCCUGACAUCCUCAAACGGGACGGCAACUGGGGUGCCUGGAGUCCAUUCGGCUCCUGCUCGCGCACCUGUGGCACAGGUGUCAAGUUCAGGACCCGCCAGUGCGACAACCCACACCCUGCCAAUGGGGGCCGCACCUGCUCAGGUCUGGGCUACGAUUUCCAGCUCUGCAAUUCCCAGGACUGCCCUGACAGCCUGGCCGACUUCCGUGAGGAGCAGUGCAGGCAAUGGGACCUGUACUUCGAGCACGGCGACGCCCAGCACCACUGGCUGCCCCACGAGCACCGGGAUGCCAAGGAGAGGUGCCACCUCUAUUGCCAGUCCAAGGAGACCGGCGAGGUGGUGUCCAUGAAGCGCAUGGUACAUGAUGGGACGCGCUGCUCCUACAAGGACGCCUUCAGCCUCUGCGUGCGUGGAGACUGCAGGAAGGUAGGCUGUGAUGGAGUGAUCGGCUCCAGUAAGCAAGAGGACAAGUGUGGUGUGUGUGGAGGGGACAACGCCCACUGCAAAGUGGUCAAGGGCACGUUCACACGCUCGCCCAAGAAGCUGGGUUACAUCAAGAUGUUUGAGAUCCCAGCAGGAGCCAGACACCUGCUCAUCCAGGAGGCAGACACUACCAGCCAUCACCUGGCCAUCAAGAACCUGGAGACAGGCAAGUUCAUUUUAAAUGAAGAGAACGACGUGGAUCCCAGUACCAAAUCGUUCAUCGCCAUGGGUGUGGAGUGGGAGUACCAGGAUGAGGAUGGCCAGGAGACGCUGCAGACCAUGGGCCCCCUCCACAGCACCAUCGCCAUUCUGGUCAUCCCGCAGGGGCAGGCCCGGAUCUCACUGACGUACAAGUACAUGAUCCACAAGGACUCACUCGACGUGGACGACAACCGGGUCCUGGAAGAUGACUCUGUAGGCUAUGAGUGGGCCCUGAAGAAGUGGUCACCGUGCUCCAAGCCCUGCGGCAGAGGGUCUCAGUUCACUAAGUAUGGCUGCCGCCGGAGGCGGGACCUCAAGAUGGUGCACCGAGGUUUCUGCGAUGCCCUCGCGAAGCCCAAAGCCAUCCGCCGGGCUUGCAACCCACAGGAGUGCUCCCAGCCCGUGUGGGUCACGGGAGAAUGGGAGCCAUGCAGCCAGAGCUGCGGGCGGACAGGCACGCAGGCUCGCUCGGUGCGCUGCGUCCAGCCUCUGCACAACAACGCCACCCGUUCCGUGCACUCUAAGCACUGCAACGAUGCCCGGCCUGAGGGCCGCAGGGCCUGCAACCGUGAGCUCUGUCCUGGUCGGUGGCGGCCCGGACCCUGGUCCCAGUGCUCGGUAACCUGUGGGAAUGGCACCCAGGAGCGGCCAGUGCUCUGUCGCACGGUAGAUGACAGCUUCGGGGUCUGCCAGGAGGAGCGGCCAGAGACCACAAGGACCUGCAGGCUCGGCCCCUGUCCCCGAAAUGUCUCUGACCCUUCCAAGAAGAGCUACGUGGUUCAGUGGCUGUCCCGACCAGACCCCGACUUGCCGGUCCAGAAGACCUCGUCAAAGGGCCGCUGCCAAGGCGACAAGUCAAUGUUCUGUAGGAUGGAAGUCUUGUCCCGCUAUUGCUCCAUCCCAGACUACAACAAGCUGUGCUGCAAGUCCUGUAACCUGCACGACAACCUCACUGACAUGGACGACAGGACAGAGCCACCACCCCAGAAGCAUAAUGACAUUGAAGAGCUCAUUCCCACCCUCCCAGUGCCCACUCUGGUCAUGGAGGUGCAGCCCCCGCCAGGCGUGCCCCUGGAGGUGCCUCUCAAUGCCUCCAGCACCAAUGCCACCAAGGAUCACCCAGAAGCCAAUGCGGUCGAUGUGCCCUACAGAAUCCACAGCCUGGACGAUGCAGCCCAGCCACCCAACCUAAUCCCUCGACGGCCGAGCCCAUAUGAGAAGACCAGGAACCAAAGAAUCCAAGAGCUCAUUGAUGAGAUGAGGAAGAAAGAGAUGCUUGGAUAGUUCUAAUAAAAUGGAAAGGUAGCAUCCUUA